AUGGUACCUGAAAGGUUGAGCAUGGAGCCUGAGGGCCUACCAGAGGCCGGGGCCGGCGGGAAUGCUGUCAACAGCAGCAACAAUAACAACACCGCUACCACCACCACCACCGCCAACUCCAACGAAGGCAUGGGGGCAGGCGCGAGUGCGGACCAGAAGCGCAACGGCGAUGAGCUUCAGUCAGACUCUGCCGUGAAGCGACGGGCAUCUAGAGCGUGCCUCUCGUGUCGUACCCGUAAGGUUCGCUGCGACGUGACCAACCGCGGUGUGCCCUGCACAAACUGUCGUCUAGACACAGUGAAAUGCGCUCUCACUGAGUCCUGGCGAGGCCGCGUGCGCAAGGCAACCGCAACUUCACAUGUGACAGAAGCGAGAUCAAUGUCAUCAAGAUCAGAGCAUCCGGAUCCGGAUCAGAAUUCACAUCCACCUGCACAGUCGCAAGUGCACGCUCAUACCAAUCUCUACGCGCAAAGGAAUGGUUCCUACCCCGAUUCUGCUGCCGAGGACUUUCCAGUAUCCUUGACAUUUGAAGGCUUGCGGGACGUUUCAGAUCGCGAAGAAGACACACUUAACCGCCCAGACAAUGACAAUGUUGAGGCAUCCCUCGCCAGCUCAGCCUUUGGGGCCCUUGGCACAUCAUCGUCCGCGGGCCCGUCGCCAGUCGACGGGAACCAAGGGCAAACCCUGCCUCCGUAUAUUCGACCGUUGCCGCCGCGGCUGAAGGCUGCUGAUCUUUACUACCUCAUGGCCAAAGAUGCUCUAAGCAUACCAGACGAAGAGCUUCAGCGGCAGCUCCUACGGCAGUACAUAGAGCAUGUCCACCCUUUCAUGCCUAUCUUAGACCUUGCAGACUUCUUGCUACCGAUCGCCUGUCGCGACGGGUCCUCGGGCUCUCCAGUCAGCUUGCUUCUAUUCCAAGCGGUGAUGUUUGCUGGUGUGGCAUACAUAGAUUUUGAAUAUUGCACCUCAAGAGGCUUCGACCACCGUAAAUCGAUGCGCAAGCACUUCUUGGACAAGGUCCGGGUUCUUUACGAUCUAGACACGGAACCUGACCGUACGGCGCGAUUGCAGGCUCUGCUCCUCAUGACAUACUGGUACCAGAGGGCCGAGGAUGAGAAGGACACAUGGCACUGGACAGGUAUCGCACUAUCACAAAUCUACAUGAUGGGAAUCCACCGCGACCCCAACCAGCUGGAUGUGCCCCUCAAAGCCAUCAGGCGAAGGAAAAGGAUAUGGUGGGCGUGCUACGUGCGUGACCGUCUCAUCGCACUGGGGAUCCGGCGGCCCGCUCGAAUACGAGCAAGUGAUUUCGACGUUCCGAAAUUGACGUUGGAGGAUUGCGAGUCAGAGUCCCUGGAUGCGACUGUUCUCUCCUUUCUGGGCCACCUCCCGGUGGUAGACGCUACGACCCAGAGGGAUCUUAUGCGCUGUUUCAUUGACCUCACGAGGCUGUGUGACCAUAUCGGCGACAUUCUCUGCACCCAGUAUACAACUGUGGGAACUAAUACCUAUAAAUUCAAGACAGAGGAUAGAAUGACCAUGAUGGUUGUGCCCCAGAGAUCAACUCAGCAGAUGGAAGAUAUGACGAAGUGUGUUGCGAAGCUGAAUACGUGGAGGCAGAACAUGCACUCAUCCAGUCGAUAUCGGCCUAGCCGACCACAUAGUGACCAUUUUCAUGAGCCGACUGAGCUAGAGACUCAUCCUGUAGUGCAUCUGCAUCAAGCUAUGAUAUACAUGAUUUAUCUCACCGCCACUGCAAUCCUCCACCGGCCACGGGCACAACACGAACAGUCUCGUGAGGACGGCAUCAGCGAUGGAAACGUCAUGAAUAUAUCCACGGCCAGUCCGCGUCUCGGCCCAGGUACAGCCAGCCGAUCUAGCACUGAUAAAAGCACAAGCACAUUGACCAGCUGCUCCGCCGACAAGAUAGCCGACGCUGCUGCUGGAAUCACAGAGAUAGCCUACGACUUACACUACGGCCGGCAUGGCAACCAGCUGCGUUUUGCAUCCACCUCGGCGAUUCCCGCGCUCUUAUCCGCCAUUCUGAUCCAUCUGAAUGAGAUCAGCUCGUCAAAGAAAGACCCCGUGAGAAGAUACGUGGCUAUUGGUCGUUUCUACCAAUGCUGGCAAGCGCUGCAGUAUCUCCGAGACAUGUACGCUUCGGCAGACCACGUUGUGUGGUUUCUGGAGGCCGUGAUAGAGAAGGCCAACGUCGAAAUCCCCAUGCUGAAUCUCGCAAGGUCAUCAUAUGCUUCGACAUCCGACUCCAGGCGGGUGCUUGCGGGCAAAACUACUGCCCAUCCAGCGUCGCAUCGACGGACCAACGCUCCCAGCCAGACCGAUACAAGCAUCUCCGGGCUCAGCGAACAAGUCGGACGCAACGCCACGAUCACACCGGUUACGCUAGACAAUAUGCCGACUGGCGGUUCACACUCUAAUGGUGUCCAUGAUAUGCGUGGGGACUGCUUCCCGAGAAGGCCGCUGGCAUUCCAGGUUCCCUUCUCUCAAACACACGCCAGUAUGCACGUAGCUGACCACCCGGUGGUGAGUGACCCGCGUGACGCGUGGACUAUCUUAGACGACGAGGAUAACCUCCUGCAAGCCCUGGUGCAUUUUGAUGCGGAUCCGAAUUUCUUCCCAGCCAGCGGAUUUUGA